AUGCGCCCCGCCUCCGUCUGUAUACCUUCAGGAACAGCUUUUCCAGCGUUGGAUAACUUUGUGCACUUCCUUCAUGGCAGCUCACAACAGAGCCUGGCCUGAUGACGCUAUAGCUUCUGUCAGCGUCAUGCUUUUAGAAUUGAAUUUCAGGCAUUACAUCGUAUCACAAAGGGUAGUGUUGUUUUGAGAGCAAACGUUAAAUGCUCCGAAGGAAACAUUAAAAUGGAGUAGCAGCGGUUGGUCGCGUUAGCUACAGUAGCACGCGCAGUGUAUCCACGGUAACACGUAAGGAACACAGACUGCUGGUUAUAGAUCUGUGUUAACGGUUAAAUCUCAUACUUUCCCCACUGGUGGUUUCUAAAAUGGAUAAUGACAACACUAUGUCAAAAAUACGACCCAAAUCAUCCGAUUCUGCUGAGUCGUCUCCUGAAAGCAUCAACAGGGGCGUGGAUGCGUCUCCUUCUUGUGACUCAGGUGUGGUCAGUCCCUCGCAAAUAGGAUAUGCUAAGAAGGAAUUUAUUAUGAUCCAUCCAGAAGAAAAGCUCAGACACUUUGAGAGCAGAGGUCAAGACCAUGAAGACAACCAAGAAUUUGAUGCUUGCAUCCAGGACCUGGUACGUUGUGUGGCACUGACGAGGCUGGUAUAUGGGGAUGGUCACCUGAAACUAGCCCAGGCCCAUGCCAGACUGGCUAAAGCAUAUUUCCAGUUUAAAGGCUGGGGACUGCAGGCCCAGGAGCACUCAUUGCUGGCUAGAGAGCUGCUGCCUUUCUGCUCCUCCAUCUCUCCUUGCAGAGGUGAAAAACUAGAGGUUCUCACAUGUCUCCUGAGCAUACACCUUACACAGGGAGGUGCUGCACUGCUUACUGCCAAUCUUGAGGAAGCAGAAUCCUCUUAUCUGGAGGCAAAACAAAUUAUUGAGGAGCUUCAUCAACACGGAGGAAUCAGUGAGGAAGACAAGAUAAAGGCUGAGCUGCAAAUCUCCACUGGUCUAUCAAGGGUCCAUAAGAAACAGAACAGGCUAGAAGAAGCCUUAAGCCAGUGUGAGAAGUCGUUGCAACUGCUUAAGGAUUGUGGUAAGCCUGAAAAGACCACUUCUGUCUAUAGGGACAUGGCCGCCAUUGAACAGGACAGGGAUCAUUUGGACAGAGCCAUAGAGCAUCUCUCCAAGGCUCAUGCCAUUGCUAUGAGUCACUGCCCAGAGGGGCUAGAGAGGGCUCAGAUCUCCCACAGCCUGGCCCUCAUCCUUUCUGCUGCUGCAGAGCCCCACCACAAUGACUCUGCAGGUCGCUACUUUGAGCAGAGUCUAAAUUCAUACAAGAUAUCUGUAGGUCUGCUGGAUCCAGCCUUUCUCACUGCCCAGGAUGAUUUCUGUCGAUUCCUCCUCCUCAAUGGACAGCAAGAGAGAUGUGUGGAAAUCCAGAGAGCAUCUCUAAUUUCAAAGAGAUCUACAUUCGGUGAUUUGAGUGCCGAGGUAGCGGACACCCUUCAGCUGGUAGGAAGUGUGGAGAUGAGUGAGGGCAGGAUGAAGCAGGCCCACAGGACCAUGACAAAGUGCCUGGAGAUCCAGAAUUUACUGUAUGGCCCUCAGCACAAGAAGACAAAAGCCACACAAAAAGCUGUAGACAUGUUGGCCCGGGCACCAGAGGUGGCUGAGAGUCUGCAGAGGCAAGGUAGAAGGAAGACAAAACCUCACACGUUUUCAGUUCUACCAUCCGGUAGCAAAGAGGGAAGCAUAUCUGACUCUUAAACUGUUCUUCUCUUGUUUAUGUCACAAGAAUAAUCCUGAUGGUAAAUAUUUUGGUUUUAAAGAAAUACUCACACUCACAAAACAUACCCACAGUAGUUUUUAAUGAUGUUAACAUAUGAAACAAUUUCCAAGGAACCUUAAUCAUCAAAAGCCAUAUUGUUAUUUGUUCAAUGUAAAUUAUUAUGUCAAUAAAAGCAAUAAUGUUGGGCUGUC